UGCUUAAAUGACCGCUUCAAUAAUUUAAUCAUUAAUAACGCUGUAUGUGUGCGUUUUUGUGUUUCUAACGCUCUUGACGACAAUGCGAUCGUAAAGCAAAGCAUCAAAAUUUAAUCGAAUAUGCCUAUUGCAUGUUAAUAUAACCAAUAAACAUUUAUUUAACUUAAAAUGCUUAUAAUCGAUGUUUUUAUUGCAAUAUAUCGCUUAGAAAUUAGAUGCAUGGUCAGUCUAAUAGCGUUACAAUCACUUGUGAAUUCUUUAUAUUGUCCAAACAUUAAUUUGAAUGGUCUUAUCAAGGCCUUGUUUAUAAAAUGCUGAUCCACAUGCGAUCAGUUGAAAAAUAAAGAAAUAUUUUGUGCAGUACCAUGCUGAAGAAAUUAGAUAUUAAUAAUAAUGAGUCGUUGAAUUUUAUAAUAUUUGGAGUUUAACAACCGGUUGAUACACAGUUUAAACUUUUAUCGGAUGAUGCUAUUGUCAGAUUAGUAUUCAUGGUAGUGUUGCGAGUCCAUACCAAACAAUGUCCAUCAUUCUGGCACUAUGAGGUGAUAUGAAGUAAAUUAAUCAUGUUAAUGAAACUGUUCCCGACAGUUGUUGUUGGUGUACAACCAUAAGGUAACUUGUUUAUUAUUAUAAAAUGAAGACAAUUUAUUAAGAAAGCAUUACAUAUAACAUGCAAUUAUGCUAGAUUUGUUAAUCAAUACUUGAAUGACAGAACACCAUCGAUUUAAGUAAAUGAUAAAACUAUGAAUAAUUUUUCUCUAAGACUGAAGAAUAAAAUAACAUCUAAACAAUUCUUAAAUUGUCAUUGAAACAAAAUUUCAAGAAACUUUGCAUAUUUAAAGUAACACGCAGAGUGAAUAAUAUGGUAAUUUUGCGGACAAUUAUCAGCGGCCGGUAAAAGUGGAAUCACGAACACUUAUACAGAAUAUAACUAUAUAAACCGGUAAAACAUAUAAAGGAGACAAAUCAAUAGAUACUCGAUAAGUUUCGUUAAAUUCGUGCAAUCAAUCAACUACUGACGAAUUUCCCCCAUUGUCAUAUGUCACCCAACAAUGCCCGGCGUUAUUGGUGGUUACAUAUCACACUCAUGUAGUGUAUCCGUAAUAAUGAAACUGACACCUCAAGCAAUACAUUUAAAAACUCCGAUCAAUGUCUUACUUGUCAGCUGUUAAUUUUGUCUUUUGAAAUCGAGUGUUCCCCGAUUUUAUUGCGUCGAUUUCAACAUGUCACGCAUUUGACACACCUUCCAUUGGGUCAUGUGACCCGUGCGAUAGACCUUAUUAAAUAUUCUUGUUCAAGAAGGUUCACAACUGGAUUGAAAUUCUGCAAAUUACCUUCAAGUAUUUUAAUAACACAGAUUGUACUAAUUUCAACUUAACUAAAAAAAAAAUUGCAAACAUUGUAAUAAAUGUUAAUGGUGUAAAUAGAAUGCAGUUUCAUACUGUCGAAUAUUAGGGAUAGUUAAUUUCUCAAGAGCAUAAUAAAAAAGACAACCUAUAGAUACUUGUGUCAUAUAUUCGAGGCGGGUUUCUAUCCACGAGCAUCAUGCCGAGCACGAAGGAGAUACCGGAAGUGGGAACCAUUUACCUGUACGAAGACCACCAGGUGCCUAAGUCUAAAUGGAGCAAAAUUCCGCUGAUAGGUUUCUUCAGGCGGAAGUUGCGUUUAGAUGAGCGGGAACUGGAGACAAAGCGAAAGGGAGUCAUAACGAAAAAUGGCAAAUACCGAGUAAGAUACACGGGUUUAAACGGAUAUCGCCAGCAAUACCUACAAGAUCUUUACGUCACCCUGAUUGACCUGAAAUGGCGCUACGCUCUGGCGAUAUUCUUCAACAUUUAUCUAGUAUGCUACGUCUUCUUCGGCGUUUGUUGGUGGAUCAUCGGCUAUAACCACGGCGACUUUGACAACGUGCACGAUCCCACUUGGCGCACGUGUGUUAGCGGAGUUACAAAUUUCCCGAAGGCGCUCUUAUUCUCUAUCGAGACGCAGUCGACAAUCGGUUGGGGAGUUGGUUAUCCAAACACGGACUGUGAUGGGACUUUAUUCUUGCUGUUCGUACAGAUCACUAUCGGUAUCCUGAUCGACAAUCUUCUGCUCGGAUUUAUCUUUGUGAAAUUCGCCCAGCCGAAACGGCGCCAAAAUACGAUGAUGUUCAGCAAAAACGUCUGCGUCUCGCACCACGAGGGCGAGUUGUGCCUUCAAAUCCGAGUCGGAGAUAUCCGGAAAAGCCAUCUUCUAGCCGCGCAAGUUCACGGCGUUCUUCUUCGACGACACGUGACUAGCGAAGGGGUUUUGUACCCACUCUUUAUGAACAAGAUUGACUUCACAGCGGACGCAAUGGGCGACACGGUCGUUCUGAUGUGGCCACUGGUGUUGACGCACAAGAUCACACCUGACUCGCCGUUCUGGGACAUCAAGCCGGCCGAUCUGACUAAUGAGAAGUACGAACUGGUUGUCUUCAUCGAGGGAACUAUUGAGACGACGGGGGAAUUGUGUCAGGUCCGUACCUCGUACACACCUCGUGAGUUCCUCUGGGGCCACCGCUUUGACAGAAUUGAAGAAUUUGACUCGGGCAAUGCACGCUGGGAAAUCGACUUCGCCGCUUUCAAUGAUGUGAUUUACACAUCGAACAUUCGUCAUAGCGCUAAGGAACUGGCAUGUUUCAAGGCCAAUAACUUGUCCCCUGAGGACGAAGGCGACGAUAUUAAAAGUGAAAUCCCUGCAAAAGUUCGAUUGAUGAGAAAUCCUUCAUACGACGCUGUACCGGACCUUCCCCCGGGGCGAGGAGCUCUAGACGCAAAGGACAGCAGCCAGUUUCUCCUUUCUAAGGACGCUGAUAGCGAAGACUCUGACGACACAUCCACCAACAAACUACGACACGCUGAGAGCAUGGUCUCGUUCCGUACCGCAGAUGACGAGAUCUUGGAGCGGGGUGACGAGUGUCGAUUCACCAUGUGACCUCAAACACUCGAUUAUAAGCGAGGUCAGACGUCCAACGCUGACGAGGCAACCUUUGUUCAGUCGGUAUUUCCGAUGGCAGUAACAUCCAGUUAAUUUACAUUUUUCAUUGUAUUGUAAAUACCUGUACAAGUGGCAAGUACCGGGGUAGUCAGAUAUUUACCAGUCGAGUUUCCUCCAGAUUUCGUUUGCUUGUUUGUGUAGAUACCGAGCAAUUACGAGACAAGUUGAUGUUUUUUUUUUCAGCUUUCAUUUGUAAAUAUAUGACGUUUAUCUAUAGUUGACAUUGUUGAGCUAUUACUUUACCGCGAACGGGACUUAAACAUACAAACUGUACAAAGAGGUAACGGGCAAGCAAACCUUUUGGGACGGAACAUACAACCACGUAAUUUACUCAUGUACAUGUAUAUGAAAACACGCCUAAUAUUAGGUAUGCUCAUAGCGUCAAGUGAUGCUUAGAAUUUGUUUUCGAUAAAGUAUUUCUUUAAAUUUUAAUGUGCAAAAAUAAAACUUGACUUAGUCAAAAUAAAAACAAAUGAAAUGGUGAUACCGGUAUUUAAUGUUCAUGUAAAACCUUGCAUCUUUUUAACUUGUGCAAAAUAAACACAGUAUACACACUCGGAGAGUAAAAUGUGUUUAUUUUUACAUCAACUUGAAACUGGUCAUAAUGGCCAACCAUUUUAAACAAGUUAACUUGACACCAAUUGUCUUUGUUUCAUUUAAUUAUUGUACAUUUGUCAGCUGAUAUGCCUUUGAUAAUUACUUGGUGAAUAGCACAUGCAAUUUUGUACAUAGUGUAAAUGCGAAAUGUUCGGCUGUUUGUCUGUUUGUUUGUGAUUAUACAUGUAAAUAGACACAAACGUAAAA